GUGGAACUGCGAUUUGCGAAGGCCGGCACUGGAAGAGUCAAAGAAGAGAUAGGGUUUCACAGUUUCAGAGAGGUGUUCAGUCUCGGCUCUCCAUUACCUAAUCGCUAUUCCUGGCUCAUGGAGGCGAAUAUUCUUGAAGGGUUGAGCGAACAAUGAGUUCUAAUAUGCGACGAAUAGGAGAGGCAGCCGGCUGGUACGAAUAGGGUUGAGCUAACAAAAAUUAGGCCUGCUCAGUUCCAUCUGUUUGUUCUUCUACAAAACCACCCCUUUGAUACGAAAAGGCCGGCGGUAACAUAAAGUAUCAAGAAAGCAUCAAGUUUCACCUCCACAGGCUUAACUGGCACAUAACUUACUCUGCCAGAAGGGAUAACCUGAAGUAAGAAUGGAAUCCCAAUCAUCUCAUUCUCUUCCAACUCCAUCCGAAUCACCAGAAAUGAUCGACUCUGAAACGCGAGAAGCUGCUACUAGCCGCAAACGAGCAAGGAACAAGUCAGCAGCACUUAAGCCUCCUGUUUCUGAACCUCGAAGCAUCUUUUGGAAUCAUUGUGUAAAAGGGUCAAGGACCUUGCUGGAUGGCACCAUCCAACCAAUUGGAACUUGCAAGUAUUGUCAAACACAGAUCCCAGCGAGUCAUGGAAGCACUAGCGGCUUGAAAAACCACUUAGAGAAGAGGUGCAAAUUAAGUCCCCUAUACAAAGCAAGUGAAAAUGACAAGAAUCAGCCUGUAUUGACAAAUGUGACAAUGGGGCAGGUUAGUGAAUUAGUUUCUCAUACUUUCAAUCAAAAAAGGUGUGAGUUAAAGCUUACUGAAUAUGUUAUUAUCGAUGAGAUGUCAUUCCGAGCUGUUGAAGGGAAGGGCUUUGUAAGUCUUGUGCAUGAAUUGCAACCAAGAUUCAGAAUCCCAGAUCGUAAGAAGGUGGCAGUUUAGGCAAAAGGGUUGUCGAUCCAUUUAGAAGCAGUUUAAGUCCUAAAAUGGUUGAAGCUUUGGUUUGUACGAAUGAUUGGUUAAGAGCAGAGGAUUUCAGCUUUUAUAAGGAUCCAACUGAUGAUGACCUUGCCUUGUAUAAAGAGAUUGAAGAAAUUGAAAAGAAUGCAAAUGCGACUCAGGAACAUUCUCAGACCUCUUCUCAGGCAUAGGCAUGUUCCAGUUUUCAGCUGGCAGUAUGAUUACCAAUGGAGCUCAAGGAAUUCAAACGAUAGCCCACAAGUGCAGUGAUCAUGUGGAUUUCACAUUUCAGGCUCCAUCUUUAUUGCUUUAAUGAAUUCUAUGCUAAAUAUGUAUUUGAAGUUCAAAUUGUAAACUGAUAUUUUGUUGGAAUUACUCUGCUUUGACAUUUUAAAGGGAUGCCUUGAAGCCUUUAUUCUUGAAUAGCCAUUGACUACUCUUAACUGAUUCUGUGUGGCAUCAAUAUCUAUA